ACCCACUUUUGCCAAAAAUUGAAAAUCCAAUGAUGGUGGAAAGAAGCUUACAGACCACACCAACUAGACGGAAACACAACCUUAGCUUGAAAGCUGCCAGUAGAAGACACUCGAGACAAAAGUCUUCUCAACAGUCGACCCAGGAAAGCACAAUUGAGCCACCUUUUGUAUCCCCACCUCCACUUGAGAUCAGUGAGGACUCUAAUUUAAAUUUUGAUGUCGUUUGGGAUGAUAGACAAGAUAUUCCCUCACCGAGUUCCAGUUAUGCACGUAUUGACUUUGAGAAAAUAUUGAAAAGCUUUCCUGAUGUGGAAAGUCCUGUAUCAAGAAAGCAGAUUAUGUCACUAACAGGAAUGGAGAGCCAAAGGAAGGAGAGCACCCCAUCAUCGAUUGAAAGAAGAAAGUGGAGGCGAUGGAGCAAUGAUAAUAGCACAGAAUCACUAGCACGUCUUUGUAAUUUAGCAGCAACUCUGACUGCUCCCAGCAAUAAGGCCAAGUUGGAAAACCCUUGUUCAAAGAGCGAUGGAGAGAACUGCAAAGAACAAGACAGUCUCAGUGAGUAUCUAGAAGACAGCUUCAUGGAUCAUAGUAGCAUCGUACAAUGUCUAAACGAUUCAUUUGAUGACUUUACUAGUCCUAGUGAUGGUACAGUAACUCCACCUACACUGCACAGAGAAGCAAAUCAAAUCAAACUCAGCACCACCACAUGUACUAAUGCUAGUAUUAAACCCACCAGUAUAGCAGCUCUACCACCUUCACAACCUAAUACCCAUCAUCCUACUACUUCUGGCAUCAGUCAUUCUCAAGGGAUCAAAAAGAGCAUGGACCAUCAUGUUGUUAAUAAAACUGGGUCACAUUGUCCUGUUACAUCGACAAGAAAUAUUCAUCAUAAUGGUAGUGCUACUAAUCCUGUACGGUCAAUGGAAAAUCAAUACCGUCCUUCUAGACUUUUUUCUAAUUCAACGAGAGGUUCUGUUCUUCAAAAUACCUACCAUAAUCAUCAAGAUAGGCAUGCACCCUGUUUGUCAUCCCAUCCCCAUUCUGUUAGACUCAACUCUACUUCUUCUGCUUCUCAUUCCAAACCUCAAAAUGCAAUCAGUUCAACAGCCAAGCCCACACACACAUACUCAUCUCAUCCUUCCAAUGAUAAAAUCAAUUACUCAUCAUCACAGUUUAAUGAGAUCAAAGGUAAGAGGAGAGUAAGCCCUAGUGCUGUUGCUCCCCUUAAAGGAAGUCCUUAUGCCCAACAGAAACCUAUUGGGGGUGCCAGUGAUGAUGUCAAAGAUAAUGAAAGUGAAACUGAUGAUGAUGACUUUUGGACAAAAGUAGCACUGUCAGUUGAUAAGCUUGAGGAGGAGGAGGCUGAGACUGAUGAUAAUGGUGACAAGCUUUUGGCCUCUCUAGAUGAAAAAGCUGUCGAUGAAUUGUUCACUUUUGACGAUGACAUUGAAAAUAAAGAUCUACCUAAACGAAUGUGUAGUCAGGAAGACAUUCAACGAAAGAAGCUUCAGGCAAAGAGGAAACUUCAAAGGAGGUACAAGACCUCUUGAAUCAGCUGUUUUCCCUUCAUUUCAUUAUAAUUCUAUUAUUAUCAACCUUUCAUUUUUGCAUAGUAUCCUUUUAUAAUUCUAGUGUCUUUGAAUCUACUGUAUCUCUCUCUCUGCUUAUUUAUAUCAUUAUCAAAUCAACUAUUUAAUCCACACCAUUUUAUUAUAACACAAGUCGAUCAUAGUAUGUUAACCAAUGCAAUAGCACUUUAUAACCAAUACAACAAUCAUUGACAUUAAA